AUGCGUUUCUCUACUCUCCUCUUCUUCUUGGCCCCACUUGCCGUUCUUGGCGAUGAUGACGACGUUUUUGAUGACCAGGGACGCAUUACUGCUGGCGAUCCGGCGACCGGUCCUCUGUGCUGCAAUAGGGGUGUUGCAGACCCCAGUGGAACAUGCAAGGCCAUGGGAUUGAACUCCUAUGCUUGCGAAUCUUUCAGGAAGAACAACGAAGGACCUGUGGCGGGUGAUCCUGAUGAUAAGUCAGGUUGCGACAAUGGUUCGUUGGAACUGUUUCCGGUCGGACGCGACGUUAAGGGAUUCGUUGCGAACUCCAAGGACUCAGUCAUACUGGGUCCCAGCUCCUUGGGUGCUGUUUUCAAAGCAUUCAUUGGAUGUGCAGCAUGA